AUGAGCCCCGCGCCGCCGGGGCCGGAGGGCAGUCCCGCGGGGAGCCCGACUGCCGACACGACAAUAAGCGAGCUGAUUGGCGGGCGGUACCGCCGCAUCCGGAAACUGGGCAAGGGCUCGCAGGGCAGCGUGUGGGAGUGCGAGGACGUCACCGCGGCCCCCGGCGCGCCGCGCGUGGCGUGCAAGACUUUCCCUUUGUCGCACUCCGCCAUCAUCGACAUCCGCGCGGAGGUGCGCGCGCUCGAGAUGGUGGGCGACCACCCCAACGUGGUGCGCCUCGUGGAUUUCAUCGUCGAUGCCGCCGCGGCGGAGGUGCAUGUAAUGAUGGAGCUUGUACCGGGCGGCGACCUUCUAUCGGAGGUGAUGCAGCGCGGUCCGCUUGCCGAGCCGCUCGCCGCGACGGUUUUCCGGCAGAUUGCGUCGGCCGUCGCGUACUGUCACGCGUCGGGUGUGAUGCAUCGGGAUAUCAAGCCGGACAAUGUGUUGCUUGUUCGCCCGCCGGAAAACGCGCCGGAAAUUGCGGACGCGGUGGAGCGUGCGACGGCUCAGCAAACUCAAUCCUGGAGCGCGUACCUUCCGCCGUCAAUCGCGGCGACGCACGUGGGAGCGGGGCGGCGAAUCUGGGGAGUGAAGCUCGCUGACUUCGCGCUGUCGACGGUCGUUAAAGGUGGUCUCAACGGAAAGAAGGCGGACCUCGGCGCGGGCACGCGGCAGUACAUGGCGCCGGAAAUGGACCAGGCCGCCGCCGCCGCCGCAGCCGCCGCAGCCGCUGGCGCUGCUGCUGCCGCCACUGGAGGGACCGGCGUUGCCCGAUGUGACAGUAAAGGGGGCUCGUACGGGUUGAAGGCUGACGUGUGGAGCCUCGGAAUCACGCUGUGCGCUAUUCUAACGGGGCGACUUCCGGCCGUCGAUUCGGCGACGCUCGCGCUUCACGAUUCGCUGCCGAUUAACUUCGUGUCGCCCAGUUGGAAAGGCAUCUCCGCCGACGCAAAGAAUCUCGUCCGUCGGAUGCUGCACGUGAACCCGGAUCAACGGCUGAGCUCGUUCGAGGUGCUGGAGCACCCGUGGCUGAACCAGAAGGCGGUGCGGCGGCUCGACAUCACGGCGCGCUGCCCCUCGCUGCUCUUCUCCGCGUCGCUCCUAGCACCGCCCUUCCAGCCUGCCGCGUGUCGUCUCAUGGCGAGCGCGGGCGGAGCGGCCGGCGUCGCGGGGCUUUUCGACACGGCGCAAAAAGCGCGGGCGGCCUGA